GCCACGGGGCUGGCGCAGGAAUGUGGGCGGUUGGCGGCCACAGGUAGGUUCCCCGCAAGGACGCAGAACCCGGCCACCCGCACUCCCACCCUUGGCAUCCAGGCGCCCGCACCAUGUUCCUGCUGCUUCUCCCGCUCCUAGCGAUGGCCCACGGCCUGGAAGAGAUCCCGUACAAACCCAAACUGAGCAUGGCCAGCCCCACCCUGGGGGGCCUGACAACCAGUUCCACCUUCACACUGGAGCAGCCCCGCUGCGUCUUCACCAACCUGCAAGAUGACGUCGUCAUCUGGCUGGUGGUGGCCGUCCCCAAGGCCGUCCGCAACUUCAACAGCAGCGUGAGCCCGGGGUCCCCCGAGAGAGAGUUCCAGAAGUUCCCCACCAGCGCCCUCGCCUACAUGACCCUCAACACCACCCUCCUCAACUACCCCUGCCCCAAACCCACCGGGGAGAUCGCGGUGCUGCGCGUCGGCAGCGAGACCAGCUGCGCCGAGGAUAACACGAGACCCACCUGCAACGGCCCCCUGCCCGGUCCUGGGCCGUACCAGGUGAAGUUCCUCGCCUUGAGGGAUUCCAACCCCGUGGCCGAGACAGCCUGGUCGGACCUCAUCACCCUGAGGACAGCCCAGCAGCUCAGCAGCAUCCCCACCACGGGCAGCGGGCGCAGCGCCGGCAUGAUCGCCCUCACCUCCAUCCUCUCCAUCCUCUUCGCCAUCCUGCUGGCCGUCCUGGUGGCCAUGCUGGUCUUCUGUGGCUCGAAUGCUUGUGGCGGCAGCAGCAGCUUCAGCAAACCGGAGGCGGUGACGGUGCGGCGGUACAACACCCACCACGUCUACGACCAGCCAGCCGCCCGGCUCUGAGCCCCCAUCGCAGCCACACGCAGCCUCCCCGCCUGCUCCCGCCGACCUGCGCACCCUCGGGUGCCCUCGCGAUUGCGCCACCGGUGUCGGUGGCACGACGCCUGCCGCCGUGGGGGCACGGCCAGAGCUGCCCUGUGGACCGGGGCCCCGGGGAACCAUGAUGGAGCGGGAGAUUAAAGGC